CUGCUGAUCCAGAUCCAAACGGGAGCAAUAGGCCUACGGGACUGCCUGUUUACACGGGGAGUCCCAGAGGUCCUAACGCCCGCCUGCCAGUGCGGCGAAGGACGGGAGACUGCCGAACAGUGCAUUCAGGGGACGCAUUCAAGGGAUGCAAGGUGGGGUUUAGGU